UAAUUGAUUAUCAAUUACCCACUUAACACAAUGGACCCCCAGGAAGAAGAUAUAGUGAAUUUGGAUGAAGAUUCUCCUCAUGCAGGCAUUUCUGAUAACUUAAACAAUAUGAGAAUUAACAACAACAAUAAUGAAGAGAAUACCAAAAAUGAAGAGGAUAAAGAGCAGGCUGAGAGGAUGGUCCCUCUUGAUAAUAAUAGCUAUCCCGAUAUUAACCAUAACGACUCUGAUGAAGACCAGGCUAUAGGGUCAGAUAAAGGGAAUCGUGAGGAUAGAAAGGAGCCUCACAAUAAUCAGAAUGAUGAAUUCGAUUUCCAUCCAGUAAAUAAUCUUAACUCAGAUAUUUUCGACAACAGAAAUGAGGAUGAAGAUUGGAACAACAUGUGGACUACCCCCGUUAACGGAGACUCUUCUCCGAACAACAAUAGUUUUAACAAAGCAGAAGUCGGCUCUGAUAAUGAUUAUGCCGAAGAUGAAUUCAAAGAGGAAGAUAGAUGGGACUAUGCCCAUAAUAACGGCGGAGGAUGGGAUGCAUUCGGAAACAAUGGAAUACAAUAUCCGCAGAUAUCCAUUAAUGAUGGUCCACCCGCUUAUUACCAAAGUAUCCAUAACAGAUGGAAUAAAGAUUCAGAUUCCUCUUCAAACAAAGGAGAUGAUGAAGACGGCUUCAAUUGGAACAAUAAUGAUGAAGAAGAUAUCCCAAGUAUUUGGAACAAGCCAAAGGUAGAAAUUACAGCUAAAAGGACAUACAAACCUCUAAAGUACCCGAAAAAGACUGUGUAUGUUGAUGAUGAUAGUGAAGAAGAGAAAAUAGUAACCUAAUCAGAAAUCUAUCAAGCCAACACCCGCAUUCAAUUAAUUAAGCAGGCAUCAUUAUUCAAC